GUGACGGUGAGUAAGAGAGAGAGAGAGGUUAGUCUGGACCUGGUGAUAGAGCCACAUCAAACCUCCAAGGGGCUGCUGGUUAGAUCAGUUUGCACAGGAUUCUUGUUCCGAUCAUGGUGCCAGCAGCCUGUCCCGGACCCUUUGCCAUGCUGGCUCUCGCCUUUCUCCUGGGAUGUGGCAUAGGUCUAUGUAUGGGCCAGAAUGACACGGAGCCCAUCGUUCUGGAGGGAAAGUGUCUGGUGGUGUGCGACUCCAACCCUUCUUCUGACGGAGGAGUCACCUCUUCACUUGGGAUAUCUGUGCGCUCCGGCAGCGCCAAAGUGGCUUUUUCGGCCGUCAGAGGGACAAACCACGAACCUUCGGAGAUGAGCAACACAUCCACGACCAUCUAUUUUGACCAGGUCUUAGUAAACAUUGGCAAUCACUUCGACCUAAAAGCGAGUGUGUUUACCGCGCCACGCAGAGGAAUAUACAGUUUCAGCUUUCAUGUGGUCAAGGUUUACAACAGACAAACCAUACAGGUUAACCUGAUGCAGAAUGAGUACCCGGUCAUAUCUGCUUUCGCUGGGGAUCAGGAUGUCACGCGGGAGGCGGCGAGUAACGGAGUUCUACUGAUGGUGGAGCGCGAGGAUCGAAUCCAUCUCAAGUUGGAACGAGGGAAUCUAAUGGGCGGAUGGAAAUACUCCACGUUCUCUGGAUUUUUAGUCUUUCCUGUAUAACUGACUCGCAAAAGUGUGCCUGUGAAUGAUACUUUCAAGAAACCGAGGAAAAAUGAGUAUCAGUUCUUUGAACAAAACUGAAACAUUGCAAAACUGCAUAUGGACGCGGUUCAGGGAGUUCCCGCCUUUUUUGGCCGCAGCGAUUUUCAGUCGCGAUUGUUCUUGGAUUUUAUCGACGGGAAACAAAUCGCAACUGACAAUUACCUGGACCACUAUAUAAAUGAGAAGAUAUUUAAGACGAAGACGAACUUCAAAUCCCAAACUAGGUGUAUUUAUCAGUGCUUUAUUUUGUGUUUGUAUAGCCUUAAUGAUUCGGCUUCCGUCCAGUGAGGUGUGUGGUGUGGAGCUGCGGAAGUGCUUUAUGGCCCCAAAGCAUUUUUGCACGAAUGGAAGAUUCCUGUUUUGUGCUGUCAAUGAUGUGUCGUCUGGAUGCAGAACAUACUGAAAAUAUGCCAAAUGUAGGCCACCUGCUAUACAGUGAUUAUUAAUGAGAAAGAAAAAAAAACAUAUAUCAGCCAAUGGAGACGUCUUAAAACUUUUUGCUAGACAUCUAUCUAAUUUAUAAAAUACAUAUUUACAUUAUGGUGUGUUCUACAUUCCGGAUAAUAAGUAGCUUUGAUUAGUGUUCAGUGACAAUGCUCACAGAUGUAAGUUGUGGAAAAAGAAAAGUCCCUAUAUAAUGUUCCGCCUAAUAAAAUAUUGUAUUGUACACAUAUUUACUCAAUCUUUUUUAUUAUUAACGUUGAUUAUAUUUUAAAUGAAUGAUAAAAUUCGUAUUAAUGAAUCGCGCAUGCGCAAAAGGCUUAUUUUUCCUUGCUUUAUGAUGAAAAAGAUUUACAAUAAAACGGCACUGUCCAUGGUGCUGAAGCAACA